GAGAGAGAGAGAGAGAGAGAGAGAGAGAGAGAGAGAGAUGAAAAGAGAAACGUCCGAUUAAGAAAGAGGCCGGUGCUUCUCCACUCUGAACGUUGGCAAGUAACAAUGGCGAUCUGUACACUCCACAAACUCGCCUAUCGAAUUACCAAACCCCCCUCACUCUCCCUUUCCGCGCGCGCAGUCAUCACCCGCUCUUAGUCCACAUCGCACAGGAGGGGCUCGAGAAGCUGCCGCCGCCGUCGUACGACGAGCAGUAUGUUUUGAAGCGGAAUUCCAGGAAUCGAGUCCUGAACAAGCAUUCGAGGCUUGGAUGCCAGGUUGUUCUCGCGCCUGAGCACCAGGGUAUGGUUGUUGCUGUUCCCGAGCCGAAACCAUGGGAUAUUCCUUAAUUUGGUAAUCCCUGCAGUAAGUUGGCACGGUGAUCAGGUGUAAGCUUUUCUGUUAAAUAAUACGGAUGGAUAAUUUGGGUACAUUAAUACGAUGAUGAUGAUGAAGAUAAUUAUGUCUUGCGGGUUGGUUUGCUUGUUGUUUCAUAACGUUCGAAGAAAUUCGAUGAAGUAGAUGCCUGCUGCAAUUUAUCCUGUGGCUGUGAAUUUGAUUUAUCGAAUGAAUUUUCUUAUUUCAUGGAUUCUUUUUACAGAUUUACAUGGAGACUAUCAUUGUUAUUCUUUUUCAGGCUUCAUAAAAGUAGGGCUUGUAUUUUAUGCAUAACGAGAGGAAGCGGAGCUCAAAUUCUUUACUCCCCCGCAGUGAGAGGAAGUGGAGCUCGAAUUCUUUAUUGCACCCCUUUCACCAUCCGCGUAUGUUAGAGGCUUUUAGCUCGUGAACUUCCAACUCGUACUACGUCUAGCUCAUAGAUAUACAACUUGUACUUGAUACAUCCAUAUCAGUUACCAAUGUAGGUGUAUUUGGCAAGACAUCAGCUAGUUGAGAAAGAGCUAUGUAGAAUAUGGUCGGCUUUCUGCUACACUGCUUUUUUACUUUGUGGUGAGUCAGGGAACAUAGAUUUAUUGUCUUCGGGAGAGUUGGGAUUGAGCACCUAUGGUUUUUCUAGGUCAACAAAAUGCUUCAUAGACCAAAAUUACUU